AUGUGCCGCACCCAGGUGGCGCUGCUCGUGCUCAAGCUCGCCCUUCGCAUGGCCACCUACAAGGAGAGCAAGGAGAACCACCUGAGCCCGGCACUGUUCGGUCGGCUGGUGUACGACAACUACCUGUGGGAUAUGGCGCGGCUCAUGGACCUGUGCGCCGUCUACGCCGCCAGCAACGAGCAGCUGCUCGGCCGUCAGCUGGCCACACUGUUCUGCCACCAGCCGGCGUACGUGGAGGACCUGCAGCUGACGGUACACGCCCUGCCUGAGCUGCUGGAGCGGGUGGAGGGUCGCGUGGCCGGCACCCAGCUGGACCAGGUGGCCAUCAGCUGGCACGAGCUCUGGGACCUGACGCAGUACGUGGUCGACCUGGCCACGUCGCUGGACGCCUUCCUGCGCGUGUAUCCAGACGGCAGCCCCCACUUCCUCGAGAACCGCUUCCCGGCCAGACUAGCGUCUUUCUAUGACACGGUGAUUCCACGACUGUGGCGGUGCCUGGAAGCCGGGCCAGAAGACGCGUUUCCGGCGGCGGACGUGGUGCGGCGCCACCUGCAGCUGGCUCGCGUCUCGCUCGUCUCCGUGUUCCGCCGCUUGGUGGACCACUGCUGCCUGAGGCCGCUCCGAGAGGAGGAGCCGACGGGCCGGGCCAGGGAGCGGCUGCAGGCGCGCGGCGAGCAGUUCCUGGAGGUGAUGACCGAGUGUCUGGCGGAGCAGCAUUUCAUGGCUGACUACCACCUGCAGUACGCCAUCGGCGACGACGUGGAGACCGUGCGCCGCGGCUGUCCGGACCUGUAUCCUUGCUCGGGCUGA